CUCUCAGGAGGAGUGGGGAUGCCUGAACCACAGUCAGUGGGAACUGUACAGAGAUGUGAUGUUAGAGACCUACGGACACCUCAUCUUCUUGGGUCUUGUUGUGUCAAAGCCAAACCUGGUCAUCUUUUUGGAACAAAAGAGGGAGCUAUGGGAUGUGAAGAGAAAGGAGACAGUAGCCUCAUACCCAGCUGUAUUUCCAAAUGAAACUGACAGCCUCCUUUCAGGGACGUUUAUAGGAACUUUGAUCCAAAGAGUGUCAGUGGAUGGAUAUAAAGGUAGUUCCCUUGAGAAUGGACACUUAAUGAGAGACUGGAACAAGGAUGAGAAGAGUGAAGGGCCUCAAGCACACCUGGGGACUCCUAUUCCAGACUACGGUGGUGACUGGCAUCCAUGUGGGGAGGUCUCUGAUCCAAGCGCCAACCUCAUUACACGUAAGAGUACACAUUUAGGAGAGAAUCACUCUAAAUAUGACGCAUGUGGGGAAAUACUUAACCAGUCCUCCAGUGCUGGUGAUCAGAAGAGGAUUCAGCUGGGAAAAAGCCCCUACACAUGCAAUGAACCUGGGAACAUACUUAGUCAGUCAUCAAGACUACAUAUCACUAAGACAAUCCAUGCUGGACAGAAAGGUUACGUUUGUAAGGAGUGUGGCAAAGCCUUCAACAGGCACUCAGCACUAAUUCAACAUCAGCGAGUGCACACUGGAGAGGAAGCUUAUGAAUGUGAAGAAGGUGGUAAAACCUUUAAUGAUGCCUCAUCGAUGAAUGUACGUAGACUAAUCCGUACAGGAGAGAAACCUUACACACAUAAAAAAUGUGAGAUGGCCUUUCCCCAACACUCACCUCUUACCGAACAUCACAGAACCCAUACUGGAGAGAAACUUUACCAAUGUGAAGACUGUGGAAAAGCCUUUAAGAGUACCUCAGCCCUUAGUGAACAUCAGCGAAUCCAUACUGGAGAGAAACCUUACCAAUGUAAUGAAUGUGGCAAGUCCUUUACUCGCCAGACAAGCCUUAACAUUCAUCACAAAAUCCAUACUGGAGAGAAACCCUACCAAUGUACGGAAUGUGGCAAGGCCUUUAACUAUCCCUCACACCUUAGUAGACAUCACCAAAUCCAUACUGGAGAGAAACCCUACCAAUAGAAACCCUACCAAUGUAACGAAUGUGGCAAAUCCUUUACUCACCACUCAAGCCUUAUCAUACAUCACAGAAUCCAUACUGGAGAGAAACCUUACCAAUGUAACGAAUGUGGUAAGUCCUUUACUCGCCAGUCAAACCUUAACAUUCAUCACAAAAUCCAUACUGGAGAGAAACCCUACCAAUGUAAAGAAUGCGGCAAAUCCUUUACUCAACGCUCAAACCUUACCAAACAUCACCAAAUCCAUACUAGAGAGAAAGCCUACCAAUGUAACGAAUGUGGCAAGGCCUUUACCAAUCCCUCACACCUUAGUAGCCAUCACAGAAUCCAUACUGGAGAGAAACCCUACCAAUGUAAUGAAUGUGGCAAGGCCUUUACCCAGUACGCACACCUUAAGGGACAUCACCAAAUCCAUACUGGAGAGAAACCCUACCAAUGUAACGAAUGUGGCAAGUCCUUUACUCGCCAGUCAGACCUUAACAAACAUCACAAAAUCCAUACUGGAGAGAAACCCUACCAAUGUAAAGAAUGCGGCAAAUCCUUUACUCAACGCUCAAACCUUACCAAACAUCACCAAAUCCAUACUAGAGAGAAAGCCUACCAAUGUAACAAAUGUGGCAAGGCCUUUAACAAUCCCUCACACCUUAGUAGCCAUCACAGAAUCCAUACUGGAGAGAAACCCUACCAAUGUAACGAAUGUGGCAAGGCCUUUACCCAGUACGCACACCUUAAGGGACAUCACCAAAUCCAUACUGGAGAGAAACCUUACCAAUGUAAAGAAUGUGGCAAAUCCUUUACUCACUGCUCAAACCUUACCAAACAUCACCAAAUCCAUACUAUAGAAAAACCCUACCAAUGUAACGAAUGUGGUAAGACCUUUACCAAGCACGCACACUUUAUUGGAUAUAAAAGAUUCCAUUCUGAAGAGAAAUGUUAGCAAUGUGAAUAAUGUGCCAAGGCAUUUAUCCAACACUCACCUUAUUCAACAUCACAGAAUUCACACUAGAUCGAAAGUCUACAAAUGUUAGAACAUGGCUAGAUCUUUACAUGACCUUUACACUUUACUUGACGUCAUAGAAUUCGUACUAGAUGAAAACCUUCCCAAUGUAAAAAUGCAGUAAGGUCUUUAAUCACUUUUCCAACGUUACUCAGUAUCACAGAAUUUAUCCUGGAGCAACUCUUCCAAAUUUGAAGGCUGUGAGAAAGGUUUUGUGGACUGUUCACCCCUUGCUUCACAUUGGAAACUUGAUACUGGAGAGUAACCACUGAAUACGACAGCAUGUGGCAAGACUUCUAAGAACUGCUACACCCUGACUCCUGAUCAGAGAAGGAAUACUAGGGAAGAUGUUGCAAAUAUACAGAAUUUGGAGAGCAUGUUAAUUAGAGCUGAAGCUUCAUUCUACAUCACAGAAUUCAUACUGGAGAAUAAACGUAAAAUGUAAAGAAUGUAGUUAAAUCUGUAUGACUGCUCAACCCUACUCAGGAUUGCAGACUUUAUACUAAGGAGAAACAUUACAAAGUAAAGAAUGUGUCCCACCGAUAGCUGGAUCUCACAACUUGCUCAAUUCCAUAGCUAUCUUACAGCAUAGAAAGAGAGAAGGAGAAGAGAAAAUUGCAGUGCUUACAUGUGGAGUUUGAUCCUUCAUCAAUACUUGAGAAAACACAUGAGAUUUAAAUCCUAUAUCAUGAUAUCAUGAAGGAGGCACGGCUUUCAUAUCAAAUGUACACCAGACAGUGCAUGAAAGAAGGUAACUUUGAAGACAUAUUUAGAAAAUAUAAUUGAACAUCAAAUGUCAAUAAAUGUCACCAAUUUCACAUUG